GUGUAUACACUGCUUGACACACAUGUUUAUAUACUUUUUAGCAGCAAAUGGCCGACGACUGGACGAGAAGCAUUGUUUGCCGUUAUUAUAAAAAUGGCUUGUGUCGAGAGGGCGAUAACUGCCGGUAUCGACAUUCAAGUCAGCAGUCUGGAGCUGAGCAAGAUGAAAUGACUGAUGCAAAUGACUCGGACAAUAAUACCAGCGAACAGGGAGCCUCAUCAGUUCCUUGUCGUUUUUACAAAUGGGGAACCUGUAAGUUUGGCAAUCGCUGUCGUUAUAUCCACACAACCUCGACAAGUAAUCCCGGAAUGUCCUCUGGAAAUCGCAGCGAUAAUCAAGAAGUUGACUCUGGACCAAACUCAAGUUCAUCUGUCAUAGCAUCCUCACUUACUGACACUGCUCACUCAUCAUCAACGUCUUUUUCUCCAGUUGUCACUCCAGAUAAAUCAAAUAAAAAUAAUUAUAAGCCAAACGAAUGGGUCGAAGCACCAGAAUUCGUACCGACCACAUUGGCAGCCAUUAAUUGUGCUUUGAAUGAUGAGGAUAGUGGUAAUGACGUUGAUAUGUUGUCAAUUAAAGCCAAUAAACCAGAAUCGUAUGCUAGAGCAGUAAAUAAUUCAGGGCAGACAUUAAAUCCCGCAUCAGAACCUCUCUGUCCUUAUGCAGAAUCGAGUGGAGUUUGCAAAAAACUUGAGUGUCCUUAUUUACAUGGAGAUAUUUGCGAGCUUUGUGGUAGUGCUGCUCUGCAUCCGUUCAAUAAAGAACGUCGACAGCAGCAUACCAGCGCCUGCAUAAAACAACAUGAGGCUGACAUGGAACUGUCGUUUGCUGUUCAACGGAGCCGUAGUAAAGCCUGUGGAGUUUGCUUCGAGGUUAUUAUGGAAAAGACCUCCCGUGAACAAAGAAGAUUUGGUAUAUUACCAAACUGUAAUCACUGUUUUUGUUUGAGUUGCAUUAGAAAAUGGCGUCAGGCUAAACAAUUUGAUAACAAAAUUAUACGGUCGUGUCCAGAAUGCCGUAUUUCCUCGGACUUUGUUUGCCCCAGUUUAUACUGGGUCGACACUAAGGAAGAAAAAGAAAAACUUAUUGUCGAGUAUAAAGGAGCACUGAGCCAGAAAGAUUGCAAGUACUUCAACAAGGGCCAAGGAAAAUGUCCCUUUGGCAACAAAUGCUUUUAUCUUCAUGCCUUACCUGACGGAACUAAAACAGACGUUGGUCCACCAGCCCGUCAAGCUUCUCAUUCUAGCGCUGAAAUUGAUUUCCUUCAGCAAUUAAUAUUGUGGAAUUUUCUCGAAGAAAGAGACAAUCGCUGGAUCUAUAUGGAUGAUCAUGACGAAGUUGUCGUCGUAUACUCAGAUUCCGAAGAUUCCGUGUGAUUUCCAAGACAAGUUACAAUGCAUUAAUCGGCUUUAUAAGUGUUUUACAACUAUAUUUAGAUAAAUAUUAUACUUUUUUGGCUUUACAAAAAAGAUAUAAUAGAUAAUAUGAUAGUAAAAAAAAAAUAUAAAGGUUAUCGGGUAAAACAAAAUAAUAAAAAUAAAACAAUAAAUGUGUUAUUGCUAAAGUGCGUUAAUUACGAGUGUAAUGUACAAUAGUUUAAUAGUGAAAACAUUGUUAUUAUUAUUGAUUAUAACUUUUGAAUUUAAAUGACGUCUCAAUGUUGGCAUGUAAUUAAUAAGUAAUAGGCAAAAUACUAAAUA